AAGAGCCUGGAUGAUGCGAGCAGCGACACGGAGGAGGACGAUGUCAAGGAGACUGCGGUGAGAGACCGCCAGUUUCGAGGAUACGGGAUCGGAGGGGCUGGAAACAUUAGACGACCGACCGAAGUUUACGGCUCGGCCAAGUCGAGCUCGUCAUCCUCUCGAUUCUCCAUAUUUCCUUCAUCUGGACCAUCAGACGAUUCAGACAGGAGGCAUUGGAGCUUCAAGGAUCUGUUCGCCCGGACAGGCGACCGCAAAGGCAAAGGGGCCGCUUGA